UAACGGUCGGAUACGAAUGCAGUCGCGGGAGGAGCGGCAAGCGUGGAUCGACGCCAAGGUCCUCGAGCGCAGUCGGCAAAAGGCCAAGGACGCUCAGAUCGCCGCCGACGCGCUCGAGGUCGCCAAAGAGACGCUCUGGAGCCCGUUCGCCCACAUGUGCUUGCUCCACAACGAGCUCAACCUGUCGUGGAAAGGCGAAAUUGAUUUUUUCCGCUGGGACCGCGUCUUCCCGUUCACAGACCUCGUCGCCGUGCGCAUCACAGGGUACGCGCUCAGCGCGUUGCCGCUGGAGCUCGCGACGUCCUUGCCGCUCCUCGAGUGUCUCUCGCUCAUUGCCAACGCCCUCGAGUCGCUGCCAGAGAACAUCGGGCUCUUGGUGCACCUCACCGACAUGGACGUGACCAAGAACAAGCUCCGGCGCCUCCCGGAUUCGAUCUGCGACCUCGAUCGCCUCACGUCACUCAACUUGAGCAACAACCAGCUCCAAGAGCUACCUGCCAACUUUGGCCGCCUCGCCCGGCUGCAAAAGGUGUGGGCCGAGAAGAACCAGCUCACGUCGACGCCUGCAACCUUUGGCCAGCUCCGGAGCACGGUCGUGAACCUCAGCUGCAACGCGUUCGUGCACUGGGAUCUGGCGCUGCCCGAAUUUAGCAACCUCACGACGCUCUCGAUCAACUUCAACCACCUCAAGGGUCUGCCCGCAACGCUCUGCGGCCUGCCGUCCCUCACAUCGCUCUCGGCGGCCAACAAUGCCAUCACGUCGCUUCCAGACGCGUUUGGGCUCCUACCAAAGCUGCGCUGUCUGCGCCUCGACUGGAACCACAUCCGGGAGCUGCCCUUCUCGUUCCGGCAUCUGAGCUCGCUCACGGAAAUCCACAUGGAGCACAAUCCGAUGGUAUCGCCGCCUCUCGACGUCAUCUACGAGGGGCCGGCCGCCGUCGUCGCGUUCGUCCUCAAGCAGUACCUUGCGUGGCUCCGCAUGGAGCGACGGCAGAUUGUCGAGCAGCUCGCCGCCGCCUUGAGCUACGUCGAGGGCCACAUGGAGCAGAACCAGUGGACCGACCUCGCGGCGUACAUACAGCCCGGCGUGCAACGGGUGCUGCAAGGCACGAAGCUCGAGUUCUUUGCCGUGAUCCUACCUGCCCUUGCGAGCGACAUUUUGCCCGCGCUGCGCCCGAUCAUGGAGGCACAGCACCACCCCGAGGUGCCCAAGGCGUUCUUCGAGCGCAGUCUCGAUGACAUUGUCGACGCGCUCACGCACUACGAUGACGCGUACAGCACCGCGGGGCUCUUCCACGAGAGGGCGCGCUUCCGCAAAUGCAUGUGCGUGGACGCUGCAAAUGGCGUGCACAAGCCGUGCUCGCUGCUCUCGCUCGACUUUGCGUGCGAGCGCGACGCGUGCCUCGUGCGCGUCAAGAUGGUCACGAGCGAAGAGUACAAGGACAUGCAGGGCGACACGUACCUCAAUUCUCGCCGCGAACGCCUCAGCAACGCCAUGAAGCGCAAGUGCGUCGCCUUCGUCAACUCGGAAGAAGGCAUUGCGUUUUUCGAAAAGACGGCCGAGGCGCAGGGGAAACUGUGGAUGGCGAACCUCGCGCGCGCAAUCGCAGACGCCAAAGCCAGUGCGAAAGCCGAGAAGAACCGCGUCGUCGUGCGCCAGAAGACAGUCGCCAAGCUCCAAACGCUCUCCAAGAAAACACUCAAGCACCACGCGACGCUUCGCAAGUCGAUCGCCAAGUGGGAAGCAGACCUCGCGACGCUGGCCGAAGCGACCAAGCGCACGCUGAAGCGCGAUCAGCUCGCCAAGCUCAAGGAUCGCCAGAAGGAGCUCGAAGGCCGCCUCGAGAAAGCUCGGAAAGAGCUCCACCAAGACGACCCGAUCUCGCGCAAGCUCCAAGCGAAGCUGCGGCAGCUUGAAAACCCGUCGACCGGCAUCGAUGACGACGACGACGCGAAGGACGACUCGCGAGGCGGCGACAGCGAGGAUGACAGUGACGCGGACGAAGAUGACAGUGAGAAUGACGAAGAUGACAGCGACAAUGACGAAGAUGACGACGCAACGUCGGAGGACGACGUGCCUGACGAGAGCGACAGCGAGAGCGACCAAGGCGAGGCCAAAAGCGUCUUUGAUGCACUGGGCGAGAUCCCCGGCCUCGAACCCUGUGUCGACUGGAUUCAAGACGCGACGGACAAAGUGAACGCGAUCAUGGCCGCGCGGCCGCCCAAAGACAAGCCGUACCUCGAAGACGUCAUUGCACUCUUCCACGAAGAGCUGCGCCACACGUAUGUGCGAGAGAAGACGACGCGCGUCCGCAACAAGGUCACGACCGAGUUUUUCCAAAUGAAACAUGUGCUCCGGCGCUGGAUGGGCCACGGCCACCGCGUGCUCUUUGUGGCGUGGCGCGACUACGUGCGCAGCGUGGUUCAGACGCGCGACAAGACGUCUCAGAAGCAAGCCAAGGACGAAGCGCUCGCGCUGCAGAAUCAGCUCGCACACGUCGCCCUCGGGCGCCUCGAAGCCGCCAAGUGGGAGCGCAAGAUCAACUUCUACACGGACGAGUUCUACUACCAGCACACGAGCACGGGCGAGCAAAUGGCUUUGCCGCCACCGUACUGGGACGACGUCCACCAAGGCACACCCCGGCGAUCGUCGUCGUCCUUUCUUCCACCGCUCGUGGCGAGUCCGUCGCCCUCCUGAGUCAAGGACGCGGGUCUGCGAUCGAUGGCAAGCCCCUUGGGUUUCAGCAUGAAGAUGA